AAAAAUAUUGAAAAUCAAGUAAAAAAAUGGCACAUCGCAGAAAAUGCAACCAAAUGACGGGAAUUUACCGCACCGCAGACAAAAUCGAAAACCUCAAGAUAAGAGUGACGUUCAAGACGAUAUUCUCGCUUAUCAAAAUCCCGCCGUACAAUGCAAUUGACGAGAAUGUCGCGGAAAUGCAAAGAGACGAAAUCGAAAUUGUCGACCUGAAAUGGCAGGAAAAGCGUUUGAGCUGCAAGGAAAUCCAAUCUUAUCAGUAUUCGGAGCAAUGCAAAACGGAUCUCGAGAAGCAAUAUCACGAAAUCAUUCAGAAAAAGAAAUUAACGAAGGAAGGAAAGACUCCGGGCAAGAUUUUUACUUACACUGCCGAGGAUAAAAGAGAUUUGACGCGAUUUGUUGUUGAAAUGCCCGAUGACACGACGAAACUUGAUGCGGAUUCAAGUCAUUCGAAGAGCAGUAGUGCAUCGUCGGACCUCAUUUCGUCCGUAUCGAAGUCAAAUCAACGCAAAUUUGGUCAUUCGUUGGAUGUAACGAAUCGCGGUUUUGAGUCUUAUUACAUUAUGAUCGAGUUGCACACGGAAAUGGUCUUGAUAACAAUCAAUUAUCGCAAAACUGAUGGAUUGUUGGUGGUUUUUCCAGACUUUAAUGACUUCAAGAGUAAUCCUUAUAUGUUGGAAGUUGAUGCAGAUACGAAACAAAUGUACCAUUUUGGACUUCAAAACAUCUCGAUUUGUAAAAAAGUUCAAAAUUUCACGCAAAGUAACCGUUUUCGGACAUUAGAACAAAGUUUUGCUCAACUACACUUACUUCCUUCUGAAAUUUCGCUUCAACGAGCCUUUCUCUUGUUUCAAAUAGUGCAAGGAAAGGGUUUUGAAUACGAUAAUUUGCAUGUAAAAUUCAACAUUGGCAUUCCUCCGACCACAGAAGCGAUUCAUGAGACAGGAAUUUUGUAUGGGAGCACACAUUCUUCGUACAAAAACUCAAAAGGACUCUGGAAUUUUAGUUAUUGUCAUGAAAUAGCGCUGGAAUGUUCAACGGGAUUCAAAUUUAACGAUUUUUUGGAUAUGACGUUCAAAGUUAUCUCCAUUGAUGAGUGGAAAAGAGAAAGAAUUGAGGGUUUUACCAUGACUCGAGUUCAAUUAAGGCCUGGUUUAUCCGAAAAACGAGAGUUGGAGUGUUAUCGAGUAGUAACUGACAGUCUGUUGGAUCGGUUGAAACGAUAUUUCAUCGGUGACAAGGGUUUCCAAGAAGAUUUUAGUGUUAAAAGGACAUCGCCUACGGACAAUCACAGUCGUUAUGGUGUGAAAACGAUUACAACGGGCACGUUAACUAUCGUGGUUUACCUUUUGAUGCAAAAUAAGGCUGGAAAAAUAGUUUUAAAUCCACUUGAUGAUUAAAUUUU